GAAACAACCUUUCUGCAGCAUUCCAAAAUCUUGCAUAGAAAGAAGAAGAAGAAGAAGAAAGGAGUGAAACGGAAAAGAUGAAAGAGUUGAGGAGAUUAGGAAAGCGGCGAGUCCAUCCAAUUUCAGUUUGGCUAAAAGCCAAUUCAAGAAGAAAAAUCCAUCAGAUUGAAAAAAAAAAAAUGGAAGAGAUUACGAGCAUCUUGAUUGUCUUUACUACAACUACUACUAAACUUUCAUCAAAUUCAGCAACACCCAUUUGCCCUAUUCACUAUCCUAACCCUACAGCAUACAGAAAAAAAACCAUCUUUGUUCCGCCGACUCAUAGAAUCCUUCAAUUUUAAUCUCUUUUUCUGGUUCGACAUUCAUUUGAAGAUUCUUCUUAUACAUCAUGGAUGACUGUGGUGGUAGUCAACAUGAAGGGCUCAUUGGUACUGUAAGAAAGGAAAGAAGCCAGACGCUGCAGCGACCUAGGACAGAGAAUCUGACAGUUCCUGGAUGCCAUCAUCACUCACCCCAGACAUCACUUUCAGAUAAUGUUGAUAGUGUCUCUAGUGAUGAGUAUAAUGAUGAUGCUAAUGCAGGAGAGAGAAUCUACAACCUCAAUCUCUCUAUAUCUAGAGAUUCUUCUGCUAACAGGUUUAAAGGUGAUUAUUCUUCUAUAAAGAACAAGGAGGAUGGGGGAUCUAGCGCUACAUAUGAUAAUGCACGUGGGGGAGAUGAUACAAAUCCCAGGCAUGGUGCGUCUGUUAGGCAGUUAGGGAAUGCUGGGGAUGAUGUGGCUAAUGAUAGCAAGCUAAAAAAGUUGAAGCUGGAAGCUGGUGGAGUGACCCGCAUUAUUCAAACCAAAAAUAGUUCUGAUGGAUCAUCUGGCAGUUUGUUGUCUUUUAAAAGUGCACAACCUUCUGAUGCCUCCCAACCUCUGCAGAAUCUCACUCAGGACAAUUCAAGUGAAGAUGGUCCUCUUGCAGAUAAGAAAAGUGUGUCGAAAGGAAUUUUGUGCGAGGAUUUCCCAGGAGGAACUUUUGGUGCUAGCAAGAGCGAUAUGGAGAAGAUGCCGAUGAAGAAUGUGCUUGUUUUGGAUGGGCUUGAUGAGGAUGAGGAUGAGGAUGAGGAUGAGAUUCACUACAUGGAGAAGCUUAAUUUGGGCAGAGAAAUAACUAAGACAAGAAGUCUUUCUCGGGGUUUGAAGGUCGAUAAAUAUGAAAUGUUGGAAGAUGUUGGAAGGUCAGGCAAAGAAAUUAAAAGAAUAUCAAAUCCAGCUUCUGAGUAUACUGAUUAUGGAGAGGAAGAACUAGUGUCUGAUUAUGAGGAGGAAGAACUAUUGUCUGAUGGAGAGGCCAAGCAGACAAAGAAGAAGGAGAAACAAAUGGGGGAGUCCUAUGAGACACCAGUUGAAACAAAGAGCGAAAUACGUCUUACAACACGACAACGGGCUCUUCUGUCAGGCAAAGAAGUUAAAACAGUAUCAAAUAGAGGUUCUGAGUAUCCUGAUUAUGAGGAGGAAGAACUAUUGUCUGAUGGAGAAGCCAAGCGGACAAAGAAGAAGGAGAAACAAAUGAAGGAGUGCGAUGAGACACCAGUUGAAACAAAGAGCAAAAUUAGUCUUACAACACGACAACGUGCCCUUCUGUCAAGAAGGGAUUCGUCUGCUACUUCUGUGAAUCAGAUUGGAUAUUCUUACGGUUGUCCCCCAGCACCACCUCAAAAACAAAAGGAGAAGCUCUCAGCAGUUGAGCAGGAACUGAAAAAAACAAAGGCUGCUCAGAGACGUAGAAUACAGCAUGAGAAGGCAGCUCGGGAAUCAGAGGCUGAGGCAAUUAGAAAAAUACUAGGUCAAGAUUCCAACAGGAAAAAGCAAGAAGAGAAAAUAAAGAAGCAGCAGGAAGAGUUGGCACGGGAGGAGGCUGCCAAAGAGCUUGCACCAAACACUAUCAGAACAGUUAUGGGCCCUGCUGGAACUACUGUUACAUUUUCUCACGAUAUGGGUUUGCCAAGUAUUUUUGACUCUAAGCCUUGCAGUUAUCCUCCCCCUCGUGAAAAAUGUGCUGGUCCUUCCUGUGUGAACCCAUUCAAGUACCGGGAUUCGAAGUCAAACCUUCCUCUUUGCAGUCUCAAGUGCUACAAGGCAAGUCAUGAAAAAAUGCAGGAUUAGAAGACCUGCUAUCAUUGUUGUGACAUAUGCAGGAUUUUGGAUUAGCACAGUGAUUCAGAACAUAGCUGGGAAUGGUUUGUUGAGGAGAGGGCUAUUCUUUCUUGUUGGUUACUAUUUUCUUUUAUAUUUACUCCAUGGAUCAUCUUCCAAAACUAUUGGUCAUAUUAUGGUCUGUUUUAGCCUUUCCAUUCAAACAUUCUUGAACACUUCAUAUCCUUGCUUUUAUGGGAAGUCGUAUUCGCUUCAA